AUGAUAGGCCUCGGAACGAGAGUCGUGGUCGUGGACGUGGUCGUGGACGCGGUCGAGGACGCGGCAGAGGAGGUGUUCGAGGCCGUCGUGGUCGUGGGGGAUUCAACGCCCAACUCUAGAAGUGGUUGGGGUCGUGGAGCUGGAGCUGGAGGGCCCAACUUCUAUGAAGGCCCAGGUCGUGCUGCUGACACGACUUGGCCCCAAAAGAAAGGCCAGUCAACACAGAUACAUGGUUGGAAUCAGACUGUACAGGGGUCGGGAAGUGGUUCCAUAUCUGGUCCAGUCAACAAAGACUCCAAAGGUGGUACCCAGCCGUCAGCAACUCAAGGAACCAUGAAUGCGGACCCAAUACAAUACUUCCUGGGUUUCUUCAAAGGGCACCUGUCCGAUGAUGAGGGUCGUUAGAUGGGUCGCCAUGGUCAUAAAGGAAGAUUUUUCUGACGCAACAUCUGCCAUGGGUGGGAAUAAGAUGUGAAGGAUUACAUAUUACGGGACUUUAAUGGCUCUGGCCAUGUUGCAUUUUAUGGCAACUUACUGGGUCAUCAUUUCUGCAGUCAGAAACCGGUCGUGGAAGAGGGUGUUGAGCCUGUCGAAGUCUUUUCGCCGGUCUAUGGAUGAUAGGGCCACCAUGUAGUCGGAUGCCAGGUCGAGUCUUGGUGUCCAGUCCC